AACCGGAAGUAUUUUACAGCCUCGAACUGACAACAACCAGCUGUCGAUUGUCAUUCUGUCACUAGGAGAAAAUUCCCUGAAAAGGAAUAUUUCCCAUGGUACCCGAAUAGGUGAUGGAAAAAUCGAAAAGUAACGAUCAGCCCCGCUGUCCAUGUGGAUUUUGGGGGUCUUCCAGUACACUAGGCCUUUGUUCGCAAUGUUACAAAUCACACAUAGAGAAAACCAAUGAUGCAUUGCAGAGUACACCAGAUCACCUCAUCUCUCCAGAAACUGCCAGACAGAUGAAACAAAGUGGACACAGUCAUAUGGAGGGUGCAAAACAAAACAGCCAUAGCAUUACUUUGGAGGGAGGCAAAAGUAACAGCAGUUCUCUCACUGAGAGCCAAUCACAGCCCUGUUCUUCCAAACAAUUAACUUGUGAGAGCUUAAAAGACUCUAGUGUUUCUAAGGAAACAAAGGAUUCUGAACAAAGUCCUGAAAACCCUACCCCAGAAACCGAAUCAUCUCCUCCCCCGUCUUCCUCCCGUUCACCUGCUCCAGACACCCCAGAGAAAAGAGGGGUUAAACGUGAUAUAUCAGAAGUGGACAAAGAAACAGAGACCCCAGAGUCCACGCCAGAAAAGGGACAGAAAAACAAAAAACGCUGUUACCAAUGUAAAUGUAAACUGGAGCUAGCACAGAGGCAGAUAGGCAGAUGUAAAUGUGAUUAUGUUUUCUGUUCCCUGCAUCGGCUGCCGGAGCUUCACAACUGUGAAUUUGAUCACAAGGAGGAUGGAAGAAGAGAAGCGCGAGAAAAGAUGGUGAAACCCACGAGACACUUAGGGACAUCAUUCCAGAGGCUCGACCCCGAUUCUUGAGUCGUUGGCCCCGCCUACUGUUGGCAUUAACCAAUGUGUUUUGUUUAUAUUUGAAUAUGGAUAUAUAUGUAGGCUGCAGUAUUAACUAGGCAGCCAGUAGUUAUGUUUUUUCAAACAAAUAUGCAAAAUGAUUUAAAAGGGAAAAAAACAUUGCUAAUUUUAAGUGAAAGAAAAAUGUGGUAAAUUGGUAAGACAAGGCCAGUUUUUCUUAGAAGAUGAAGUUGUUGCUUUGUAGACUAGCAAUAAAAGGACUCAUAUGUGAUGAACUUCUCAGAAUGGUUUACAAAUUUUAUAUAGAGUGCUGCCAUUAUAUUUACAGUACUAUGUUUUACAUGUGUCACAGAAUCCCUUUUUAACCCCACGCUGAUUUCUUUGUUUUUACCGUUCUCCAGUUUUAAGUAUGAUUUUGUCUAGCUGUUUGUCCUCAAAGUAAAAAAGGAAAUUUCAGAAGUAUCAUUGUUAGUGUGAAUGAAAAUGAAAGGUUUUUGAAAGUGAUCCUAAUCUAUUACUUCAUAAUUGUUAUGCAACAUCCAUUCUGUGCAUCCGAUACUUCGACUUUUGUAUGAUUAUGGUAUGAAUUCAUGUUGACUGAUAUUAACUGCAUCUUGCUUUUCUACAACUAAAGUGUCAUAUUUUGUCAUAAUGUAAUUUAAAGUCCAUCCAUUUAAUACUGAUAAUAAGGAAAAAUGACAUCACUGUUGCUAGGGAAUUCAUUCAUUUUUACCAAUAAGGUACAUGUAUUUUUUUUUUAAAUCUCCGUCAACAAAAUCAGGACUAUUAUCAAUGUCUGCAAUACCUUAAAUAGAUGUUUUCUGAUUUCAAAAGAAAAAAAUAAACAUUCCAAACAAAGAUCAUGUAGAGUUUGGAAUAUACUGAUUAAAACUGAAUUUUUUUCCAAGAAUCCAAAAGUAUCAGAUGAAAAAAACUUAUUAAAUAUUUCCCAGUUUACUUUUGUACAAGAUAGGUUUACCCCCGACAAACAUAUCAAAUUUUCAACAUGAAUCUUAAUUUUUUUUUUCAUACAAGUAGUAUGUUUGUUAAAAUUUAAUAUUAACUGUAAUAAUUUGAAAGCAAUAAUUUUGUAUUAAAGAUUAUACAUAUGUACAUGUAUUACAAUAUUUGUAGAAUUUCUCAGCAAGAGGUAUUUAACCUUGGUAGAUAUAACCCCCCUCGUGGAAGUCCCCAGACUUCAGUAAAAUUCACAGAAUUAUUUAGAACUGUAUAAUACCCACCAAUGUUUUGGUGCUUGUAGCAUUAUCUUUGGGACUUGUCGUUUUUCAGGACUUCCAGAGAGGGGAGAUAACCUAGUACUGUGGUACAGCAAGAAUUACAUUUAUAUGUGAGCUAGUGUUAAAAUAUUUGUGUGAAUUCAGAUUGAGUGCAUGUCAUUAAAGAGAAAAUUUAUAUAAAAGUAAA